CACCAUACCCGUGAGAUACACAGUGAUAAGCUGGCCCUGCCCUUGAUAAGCAUUAUAAAUAAGGAUUAUCAGUCAUGUCUUAUUGAGAGAGAGAGAGAGAGAGAGAGAGAGAGAGAGAGAGAGAGAGAGAGAGAGCAGUUCAAAGUCCAUUAUGCACAAAAUGACGCAUCUAAUUCUUUACAUUCAGAUUUCUUCAUAAAGCCUCAAGGAUCGCGAGGUUCUUUGCCGUGUUUAGAUGAGUUGCGCUCGUGUUUACUGCUCACUUCGCUUCUCCACAUGCAACGUGGCAUCUCGACAUGUUCAAAGCUCGUGAAGCGUGUUCAUCACUCGCUUCAGUAACCACGACAUGGAGCCGGUGAACGUGGAGAGGCGCGUGAAUGGAUUUAACAGCAGUGUGAAUGAUCAGUACGGGACGCUGAUGUACGACACCGCACUCAGUACUUUACUCGCGGUGCUGCUCUAUGUGAUCUUGAAGGUGAGUCUGGACGGGAUCCGUCAGUGGAGGGCUCGGAUCUCGGUUUUGGUGGUGGGUUCCGGUCCGAUCGGACUCACUGCGGCUCUGGUCGCUGUUCGCUCCGGCAAGGUGCUGAAACUGACGGUACUGGAUGAGCGCUACAGGAGCGCGCUGCUCUGCAGACCCCAGCAGAUCGCGCUCGAUCCCCGCAGCGUCCGCUUCCUUCUCGAUCUGGGGGUGGAUUUUGACAACAUGGAGGGCUGCUGGCACAACGAGCACUUCUUCACCAAAAUCGGAGUGUUUCAGGAGUAUUUGCUUAGCAUACUGGAGCAAAAGAAACAAAGGGUUGAUGUGAAAGUUCAUUUGGGUACAAAGUUUAAUGAAGAGUACCUGAGGAAGAUACCCAGAGGUGAACGCCCGCGGGUGAUCAUAGUCGCUGAUGGAUCAUACGGUGACUCUUGCUCCGUACUGGGCAUCAGUUCAGAUUACAUCGUUGAAUCAUGUCGGGCUUAUGGGGCCAAUGCUACUAUAGAAAGACUCGACCAGAGACAGGUUCCCACACCAGAGAUUCGUGCACACAGUUUAUACUUUGAUCUAUCAGCUUAUGGUAUCAACACUGUGAAAGAUCCACACAACUCCUCACAGUCUGCGGUGAAACCUGGGUUCCACUUAAAAAUCUACGGUACAUUCAGGAACCGAUACAUGGCUCUGGCCUGUACAUCAGAUGCAGACUCCAAAAUGAUGCAUUUCUUACGUCACACAGCUAACUCAUCUAUAAUGAAGAACAUCUUCCUUCAGUCCUUCAAUGCAUAUAAAACAGACAUCGAGCCUCGUCUGAGUGAUGUCACCCUGCACCACAUGCAGUGUAGUCGUAUGUUGUUUGAGAUCAUGUUAUCAUACAGACGUGUAAGUGCGGCUUACAUUGAAGGAGAUCAUGUUGCAGUCACUGUGGAAGGAGAAGCUGCAAGGGUGCUCAACUUUGACACCGGUUGUGGAGUGAAUCUGGGAAUGAGAGGACUGGAAUCACUGGGAAUGUUCAUCUACAGAACUGCUACAGCACUGGACCAGAACGAUGUGUUUGAGGCACUUUUAGCCAAAAUACAACACUCACGACUCGUAGCAGAAACAUUCAGGCAAACUGGACUCAAUUCUGCAAUGUUUGAAUGACAGUGUUUGUGUGUCUGUGUGUGUGUGUUUGCGUGUGUAUUAGUGUGACAUGCUUGAAGUUCAUAAUAUUGUACUUAUAAUGCUCAUCUGUUUGUGUUAAAUGCAAUUCCCAAGGACCAAAGUAUCAGUAUUAGCAUUAAAAUGCUUUAUUAGUGUAAUGUGAUGGAUUAACUUUCUGACAAAUUAAGAAUGGGAAAAUUGUUGAACCUGUUGCAAUUGUUGCUAUGUUGUGGCCCUAAAGACAAACUCAUAAAUGUUUAACUGGAUGACACAUAUAAUUUUUAGCCUUGAAUCUAAAAUGGCAUUUUUUAUAAUAGUUUCCUGUGUCAACUCAGUAUGUCUGAUCAAUUUUGUUCACUUUAAUCAUGUCUGAAAAAGUCAGUGUUUUUGGACAUUAUUGCUGUUUAUUUUUUAUAAUGCUUAUUGUGACACCAAAUAUAAUCUUUCAAUAAACCUUUGCUGUAACAAAAUGAAAGACAACCAUGUCACAAAUACAGACUGCAUCACAAUAGACAAAGAUAAAUAAAUAAAUAAAUAAAUAAAUAUGUGUCUGGUGAAAAUAUAAGCACCCAUACACUGUAAAAAAUACUUUGCUGCCUUAAAUUUUUUUUGUUGAAUCAACUCGGAUUUACAAGUCAUUUCAACUUACUAUUAUUUAUCUUGACUAGAGAUGAGUUGUUAUAACUACAGGUGAGUUGACUUUUCUCAACUAUAUUUUAUAAAUUGUGACAACUCAUCUCUAUUGACAUGACUUGUAAAUCUAAGUUAAUUGAACAAAAAAAUUUAAAGCAGCAAAGUAUGUUUUUACAGUGUAUGAUUUCAAUCUUAGUUUAAAAUUGUUUGAUUACCUA